AAAUAUAUCAAGUUCAACAACAAUGGCGGCGCCCAUGACUUGCUCGCCGUCCAAAGUCUCCUGAUAAACAGACUUGGUUUUAGUCACACAACUAGUGCUUCCCGUGGUGGUAAAGGUGUCUCCGGACUGAGAAUGGAGUUUUCAAAAGAACGUGAACAGGAAAAAGAUGGAAUUCUGAGUGUUUGGCAAGGUUACCAAGGAAACGUGGAAUUGGUAUCAUUCCCAAUACUGUCCCAAAAGCAAAUCAGGAGAGUUGCGUUAGGGGGAAACCACUCUGUAUUUUUGACGAGUGACGGGGAAGUUUUCUCCUGUGGGAAGAAUAACUAUGGACAGCUGGGUAUUGGUAAACUGGAUCCAGAAUAUGCCUUCGACCCAGUACCAGUAACAACUCUGGAUGGUCGUGGUGUGGUGGAGAUUGCUUGUGGAUCCAAUCAUUGUGCUGUUGUCACCAACGAUGGCAUCACUCUCUGUUGGGGGGACUCAACACAGGGUCAGUGUGGGCUUCAGCUGGACAAAGUUACCUCCCCUUAUUCAGUUGUCAUUCAGCAGGUGUCGGGAAACAUUUGUGAACAUGGAGUUCAAGCUGAAGCAGACAAUAUACAGCUUACUAAAGUAGCGUGUGGUGCAAAUCAUACUCUCGGAUUGUCAGUCAACUCAGAAUUGUGGGUAUGGGGAAGCGGGCCUGGGAUAGGAAUAGAGGGCGCCACUGAUAUUACUCCGCCAACUCAGAUAGAGGCUCUGUCUGGGAGAAAUAUCCUUGACAUCUCUUGCGGUGAUAGCCAUUGCCUUGUGCUGGUGGAGAGGAGUACUAUCGGGGAUAGUGACAGGGAUAAACGGCAGAGCACUUCCUCCAAUAUCGAGUUGAGGGCACAUAAGUUUUAUCCUUCAACCUGUGCGAAAUGCCAGGCUGAAAUUUAUACCUAUAUGGAGACUAGUGAUACAUGCAUAAUUAGUAAUGAACAUAGCUGUGAACACUCUCAGCCAAUCAAAGGAGAUCUUACAGGAGACAGCACUUCAGACAACCAAUCAGCAGAAGUGUUACUUAAGAAUGUGUCAUCAGGUCAUGGUGAGGACCAAUUGCAUGGAAAAAGCAAGGAAAAUGCUAAAAAAGAAAAUGAAAUUGAAAGUGUUGGUUUGAUUCAAGAAAGAACAGAAAAAGAUAACAACACAAUCACGAAAAGUGAAGAAACCUCCAAAAGUCAUCCUGAUAUUGUUUGUGAUGAUGUCUUUCCUCCCAGUAAAUCUGAAGAUACUGAAUCACAACCCACAGAAGGUGUAUCAUUUACCGAUGAUCUACAAGCCAAGAAUGAUCAGGGCCCAACAGGUGAACCCAAAACACCUAUCAAUGACCCUCUUCAAGAAGACUCUGAAACAUUGGAUAUCGUUCCCGAAAAUAAAAAUUCAAAAUCAGAUGAAAACAGCCUUAAGGUUAAAGAGACAGUUUCCACUGGUGACAUGGCUGAAAAUAAACUUAGUAGCAACAUCCCUUUAGUUGGUAGGUCUACAAGUUUUAUGGAUGAGAAUGAAGCCCUCGAGUUCUUGUCAAAACAGUAUGAGGACAAGGAUCUCGCUGAGAUUCGUCCUAAGACUGUUGAGCAGCGGUCAGCCCUUGGUCAUUUGUGGUCAGCCCUGCCUUCUAGUCCGAAUAAGGUACUCAUGCAGAUGUCUGCUGUACAACAACAGGUAUCAUCGAUGACUAGUAAAGCAAUCUCCACGGUUACAGACAGACUCCCUUUUACAUCCAGCCAGGCUAGUAGGGACCCAGUAACCUGGGACCUUGGCGAUGUUGGGAGGGAAGCCGAUGUUCAAAAUAUUAACAAGGAGAGUGGACAGGACAUGUCUGAAUCUAUCAGCUCUUUAGAUGAUCAGAGUGUGUCAACACCAAGUGGUGAUGAAGAACAGGGCACAGAAAAUACCUCAGUACAGAUGGCGGAGUCCAGUUUUAUAGAGAGAAUCAAUGAGCACACCCCUCUUGUUGAUUCCAGUAGUGAAGAUUUACGAGAAGGGGAGACAACCUCAGAAAGAAAGUCAUUGUCUGUUAGAGCUCUUCAAGUCAAGGAAGAACAACUUGACAGGAGAGCAUCUUUCUUAGGUAGCAAGUCUGACAUCGUUUUGCCUACCAAGGAAAUUAUACUGGAUACAGAGGUGUGGGCGUGGGGGCGGAAUUACAGAUGCCAGUUAGGGACCGGGGAUGCAAUUGAUCGAAACAAACCAUGCUUGAUAAAAUUGCUAAAUGGAAAACAAGUUGUCAAGGUUACAGCAGGAUCCCAGCAUUCCCUAGCACUGACAGCAGAUUCCCAGGUAUACAGCUGGGGAUCCAAUGUCGCAAAGCAGCUUGGCCACAUGGAGGAAAACUCAAAACCCACCAAAAUUAAGGUGAUGUCUGGAUGUCACAUUUGGGAUGUAGCUGCUGGAGAGUGUUUCUCUGUGUUUCUGAUGGACCGAUCCGGCUUCCAACCCGAGGUUCACUAUGUCGGGAAACACCCUUGCCAGGACCUGUAUGUGCCUAUAUACAAAACAGAGCGGCUGGUUGCUCUUAAUUUCCUGAAACAGGCAGGAUGGAUCCGGGCAUUAUCAGCAGGAGGAGAUAACUGUGCAUGUCUUUCCUGUUGGAGCUUUUCUGGACACAUCGGAUCUGUAUUUGAACUGCUGUCGCAAGAAAGAAGAUUUUUCCACCAUCUGACAAGGAUACGAAAACUUGUAGUAAACACCCUUCAACGUCAUCCAUUUUAUACCUCUCUGGAUGUCUAUCCGUACAAGUCAACACUACAGAAUCUACUCUCCUCAUUCCACAAACUCCACGAACAGGUUGGGCGGUGCUAUGUGGAAAUGAAUCGCAUGGUCAGAGAUGUGAAAAGUGUGUUGGAUUCUUCGUUUUUUCGUAACUAUGGCAACUUGGCUGAUGAUAUACGACGCUACACGAUUGCAUUUGGGGACAUGCUUGGCAUAAGUGGCUUUGAGUACUGUGGUAAAACAGGCAGUGCUUACUUUGAGAGUAUAACUAAAGUGUUCACACUGAUCCUUGAGGAAAAGAAAGUUGAGAAAGCCCAGUUUGGUAGCACAUUCCGAAAAUUAAUGACAGCCCCACUCCAGCACAUAAAAGAAUACAGCAGAAUGGCCGACAAAUUAGCCGGCAACUAUCUAACUGGUUCUGAGGAAUCAGAUUUACUAAACAAAAUCUCUGUCAAGUGGAACAGUCUACAGCAUUUCAUAGGAAUGGAACAAACAAUGGCGAUCAAUACUGGAGUAUUCUGGGAGACCAGCAACCAACAGAAACUUGUGGAUUCCCUGAAGAUCCCGAGUCGGCGUUUGGUGCGGGACAGUAAAACACAUCCACUUACCCUCCAGGGAGCUGGUCGAUUCUCUGUCAAUCAUUUUAUCCUCUUCAAUGAUUUGUUUGUCCAUUCACAGUAUUCAAACUUCCAAGUGUUCAAGUUAGAGACCCUGUGGGUUGAGGCACCAUCUAACGACAGUGACAAAAAACAACAUCUGAUAACCAUAACAGCUCCAGAAGACAAGUUGUUCCUCCUGGCGCCAUCUACCGCCAUCAAGACUGAGUGGAUUAUGGCCCUUAACUCAACUAUAAACAAAGUGAUCACAAGUCAGAAGUCUGUGACAAGACGCGGAAGUAUGGAACGCAUGUCGCCCCCUGGUGUUAGACAGGCAACACACGUGUUUAAUAAACAUAGUAUUUAUAAAGAUGCCUGUUACACUGGUACAUUUCUCAACGGUCUCGUCCACGGACAUGGAGAGAUGAAAUGGAGCGAUGGAAGGAAAUACACAGGAAGCUUCAAGGAGGGAAAACAACAUGGACAUGGGCGUUUGUUGAUUCUCCAAGAUGAUGGUAGGGAGCGUUGUCAAGAAGGAUACUGGAGAGAUGGCCGGCUGCAUGGAAUCGGCAAAGUCAAAUAUUCCAACGGGGAUAUAUAUGAGGGCUACUUUAAGGAAGGAAUGCGCCACGGACAUGGAACGUAUCGUCAUGGAGGACACAACAGUAACUCGGCCAGUAUAUAUAUCGGGGAGUGGAACAUUGACCAGAAACAGGGAUAUGGGGUCAUUGAUGAUGUUCUCAAAGGAGAGAAGUACAUGGGAAUGUGGAAUGAUGGGAAUCGUCAUGGAAACGGAAUAGUUGUAACUUUGGAUGGCAUGUACUUUGAGGGAAACUUCACUGCAGGAAAAAUGACUGGAUUUGGUCUGAUGUUGACUGACGACAAUAGUUGUUAUGAGGGAGAAUUCUCAGGCAUCACACAGCUGCAAGGAAAGGGGGUGCUGACUUUACCAACUGGUGACAAGAUUGACGGCACAUUUAACGGGAGCUGGAACGAGGGACUGAAAAUAAACGGCACAUUCCAUAAAACGGUGACACCAGAUGACCGCCGAUCCAAUCAUACCAUUGGUCUUAACUCCAGCAAUUUUACAAAGCUGUGUGUUCCUCCAGACAAGCGUUGGACCGAUAUGUUCCAUCAUUGUUCCUCAAUCCUGGGGUUCAAAGGUCGAGGGAAGCCUGAUACUGCUAAGGCCUGGGAGGCGGUGGCUGUCAUGGUAACAAGGGGUCGUGAAUCUCUGUGGGAGGCAAAACAAAGGGGUACACUACGGCGAGGAACCAAGAUGGAACAGUUAGAGGAUCUGGAGAAAAUACCUCCUUUUAACACGGGAAAGAUGACCAUUGAAGUUUACACACAGAUCAAGGUUUACCUCCAGAAGGCCUUUGACACAAACUUUCACCCACUCGGACAACUAAUGGAGGGACUUGUUGAUGUGUUCCGUGCCGCCUACAUUGGAGUUGGUGCGCAUCCAAGACUACUCACUCACGCUGUACAGGAAGUGAUGUCAUUCAUCAAAAGACUUUUCAAGAUAGUCCGAAUCCUAUUUCCUGACCUGCCCGUAAAUGGAGGACCAUUACAAAUUGUGUCAGAGGAUGUGCUGGCAAGGCGGAAAGAUUCCCCGCGUAGCGAUACAGAGUCUGUUGAUAGUGGUCUUCUGGACAGUGACGAGCAAAUAGAAAUCGUGACAGCUGGAAGUCUAUUACAACCGUUACUACUACCCAAGAUUUAUCCCCCUUUGUUUGACCUGUACGCCCUCUACAAUGACAAGGAGGACGAGCGGUACUGGGAGAGAGUCCAGAAACUCAACAGACAGGGUGACAUGGCGUUAAUGGCGUACCUUGGUAUAGAUCAGAGAUUCUGGUUGAUAGAGGAGACCAUGUUCCAAGAUAAACGAAAGAGAUUGUCCAGCCUCCGUGAUCACUGCUACUUGUCUUCUGUGGACACUCUACAACAGAUCAGCACUGCAUUCAGCCCAAAAGAGAAAUUGAUGGUGAUACAACAGACAUUCCUAGAAAUAUCAAAGACAGUUCAGCAGGCACUGAAUGAGGACCACAUGUGGUGUAUGGAUGAACUGUUUCCUGUGUUCCAGUAUGUUGUAGUCCGCUCAAAAAUCCGACAUUUGGGGGCGGAGGUUCACUUGAUAGAAGACCUAAUGGAACAUCACCUUGAAAAUGGAGAAUUAGGAAUCAUGUUUACUACCCUCCAUGCUUGUUACUAUCAGAUACAGAAUGAGAAGCUACCAAGUCACUGAGAACUUCACCACCUUUUACCAAUACCCGUCGCCGUAAAAUAAAAUCCAUUUAAUCCACAGCUGUGAUAAAAUGCAACACCAAUGUGAUAUUUAAGUCUAUUGUUCAUUUGUCCAAUGGAAACCUCUCAAUUAGGAGAACUUGCACAUUAAGGACAUUGAACUUCAUAAUGGCAGUUUUAAACAGUAGAUAUUGGCAUAAUCUUACGCAUGUAUAAUUAUGCAUCUUGGCAAUAUACCGUUUAAGCAUUUGAAUUAUUUUCAUUUUAGUUAAGGAGUCUUGAAUUCUGUUAAUGUGUCUCUAAAGGUCCAUUAUUGUCCCUAUGGCAUGCUGUAGUAAUUAAAUUAAUAUAAUGUAUGGAAAAUGAGAUACAGCCGUCAACAAAAUUGUAAAAUUAUUGCUUUGGAAAAAUAAGAUUUAGGAUAUCACUAGACAUCCAUUUAUUACAUUGUAUAUCAAUCUUUUGUAAUGUUGGCGUCAGAAAUACCAUGAGGCUUAGAAUUCUGAUGUUUUGUUUUCAUAUUUUUGAAAGCCUCCCGAUAAACUUCUGAUGUUUAUACCAAUACUACCGGUAACUACCAUUAACAUAUAUAUGAAAUGUAUGAAACAAACAAAUGGAUCACGGGUCUUUGUUCAGCUGAAUCAGGUGAGGACCCGAGGUUAAUAAUUGUAAAAUAAUAUUGUGUAACAGUAUUAGAGGCCACAGUGGCCGAGUGGUCAAGGUGUCCCGACACUUUACCACUAGCCCUCCAACUCUGUGUUGCGAGCUCAAAACCCACAUGGGGCAGUUGCCUAGUACUGGC